AUGAGCCUCAGGAACAGAGCUGAAAGAAGCCCUAAAGGAAAUAGCCAGGAGAAAAAGCAGAAGUUGGAGGCCUGGGGACUGGCCCAACCCAGAGGGGCCCCAGGUCCACCAUUGUCUUGGCGUGGCAGCCCUGAAGGGGGAAAAAUGAGCCCUUGGGCCCUGGCUGUGUGGCUGCCUUUGAAUCUGCUGCUUCUCUGGCUCCCAGGCUGCUGUCUUCUGAGAGGCCCCAGCAGAGUGACAGGCACCCAGGGUGGAUCCCUGAGCCUGCAGUGCUGGUAUGAGGAGAAAUACAAGACAUAUAACAAAUACUGGUGCAGAAGCUCAAGUGUGCUAGGACGAUGUGAGAAUACUGUGAAGACCAAAGACUCAGAGAGAGAAGUGAGCAGAGGCAGAAUGUCCAUCAGUGACCAUCCUGAGAACCUCACCUUCACUGUGACCUUCAAGAACCUCUCUCUGGAGGACUCAGGCUCUUACUGGUGUGGGAUUCACAUACCCUGGCAUGAAGGACCGGAUGACUCCUUCCUGGUUUCGGUGUCUGUGCUCCCAUAUGAGCCCCCCUCCUACCAGCCCGGGGGCUGCCACAGAAACUCAGUAACAACACCAGUAGCCAAGACCUCAACAACCACAACCAGAGCUCCUACUGUGCCACCCACCAGCCCAGCCGAAAACCGUCCUACCCAAGGAUCAAGCAGCCAGGGGAAUAACCACAAGGGCCAGGGCCCAUG